AUGAUCUAUCUAUCUAUCUAUCUAUCUAUCUAUCUAUCUAUGUUUAUAAUUAUUAUAUUUCUUCUUUUUUUUUGUCCAUCUUCACUCUUUCUGCCUUGUCAUUUUCUUUCUUUCUUUCUUUCUUUCUUUCUUUCUUUUCUUUUUUCUUUUUCUAUUGUCAAUUCCUUUUCAUUCCUUUAUGCUUCUUUCUUUCUUUCUUUCUGCAUCUUCAUUUCCUUUUCUUUCCUUGAUUGUUUGCUUCAUUCCUUCUUUCUUUCUUUCUUUUUUCUACACAGUCAGUUCUUUUACGCGAUUCUUUCUUUCUUUCUUUCUUUCUUUCUUUUGAUUUAUUCAUUAAUUGAAAUUCUUUCUCUUUCUUUCUUUCUUUCUUUCUUUCUUUCUUUCAACUUAUUCAUUGCUUGUAAUUCUUUCUUACUUCCUUCCUUCCUUUCUUUCUUUCUUUCUUUCUUUCUUUCUUUCUUUCUUUCUUUAUUUCUCCAUCUUCCUUUCCUUUUCUUUCCUUGUUUGUUUGCUUCAUUCUUUCUUUCUCUCUUUCUUUUUCUUUCUUUCUUUCUUUCUUCUACACAGUCAGUUCUUUUACGCGGUUCUUUCUUUCUUUCUUUCUUUCUUUCUUUCUUUCUUUCUUUCUUUCAAUCUUUUGUUCUUUCUUUCUUUCUUUCUUUCUCCAUCUUCCUUUCCUUUUCUUUCCUUGUUUGUUUGCUUCAUUCCUUCUUUCUUUCUUUUUUUCUUUCUUUUUUCUACACAUUCUUUUACGCGGUUCUUUCUUUCUUUCAUUCUUUCUUUCUUUCUUUCUUUCUGUUUAUUUAUAGUCUUGUAUGUUUAUUAUCUAUUUUGUCUCCCUUGUCGCCGGCAUCUUACAGCAAUACUAUCUUUCUUUAUUUCUUAAUAUUUUUUUUUUCAGAUAUUAAUUUUUCUUUCUUUCUUUUUUUUUUCGUCGUCGAUCUCAAUGCUUUCUUUUCUUUGUCGUCUCUCUCUUGUCGACAGCAGAGUUCGCAGAGAAUAUCUUUUCUUUCUUCCUUACUGUAUUGUCUUCCACCUACUAGUUAUUCUUUGUUUCUUUCCCUUGUUAACAACGAUGUUGGAGGAGAAUUUUCUUUCUUUCUUUUUCUUCUUAUAACUGUUUCUUUUUUUUCUUUUUUCUUUCGUCAACAGUCACUCUUUCUAUUUCUUUUCUUUUUGUUUCUUUCUCUUGUCAACAACACUGUUCACAGAAUAUUCUGUCUUUCUAUGAAUGUAUUUUCUAUUACUUUUAUCAUUUUUUUCUUUGUUUCAUUGCCUCUUUCUUUCUUUCCAUUUCGUCUUCCACCUCUUUUUUUUCUUUUCUUUCUUUGUUUGUUUCUUUUGUCGACGACAGUGUUUAUGAAAAGAACAUUCUUUCUUUCUUUCUUUCUUUCUUUCUUUCUUUCUUUCUUUCUUUCUCCUUUUCUUCGUCCGAUAUUUUUUCUUUUACAUUUUACUCUUUUUUUUUAUUCUUCAAACGUCAAUAAACAACGCGCAACUUUAAUUUUUUUUUCCUUUCCAAUUUGUUUCUCGUUCUUUCUUUUUUCCCCGUUCAUUCUUUCUUUUUUCGUACAUUUUUUACCUUGUCAUGUCAUAGUUUUUCUUAUUUUGGUGUCUUUCUAUAUUGUGAUUUCUUUCUUCUUUUUUAUUUUUUGCUUUAUUUAUUUAGUUAUUUCUGUCAGUUUUUUAAAUGUUUUUUCUCUUUUCUCAUCUUUCCCAUUUCCUGUUGGCCUUCUUUCUUUUUGGCUAUUUUACCGUUCUUUCUUUCUUUCUCUCUUUCUUUCUUUCUUUCUUUCUUUGUUUCUUUUAAUUUUGCUUACUUUCUCAAUUUAUUUCUAUGUCUUCUUUACAGAUUUCCUUUUCUUAGAUGUCUAA